AGAGAGAGAGAGAGAAUCAAAUUCAAAUGCGAUAAAUGGACAAUCCCUUUACUCUCAUAUGUGGAUGAUAAGAAAAGAAAUGACAUUUUGCACAAAUUAAAAAGAAAAAUAAAAAGAAAAGGAAAGAAAGUAAAAGGGUCUUUGAUGCCAUUGUUGAACUUUGUGUGUUUGAGAGAGAGAGAGAGAGAGAGGAAUCUUUGUGGUAUAUAGGGUGAGAAUCUUUGAAAUUUUUAAUCACACUACUCUCACUUUCUCUACCUUGAAAGGAACUUGAUUGUAUUUAUUGGAUAAAAAGGGAGCCACGUUGGCGUAUAGCUAUUCUCUGUAGGAUUGAGUAUACCCAUAUUCGAUAAUGGUUUCAAGGUCUUAUUCCAACCUCUUGGAUCUUACUUCUUCUGAAUCCCCAAGAUUGGGUCGAGGGGCAAAGAAGCUCUCUCGAGUGGCAACUGUUGCUGGGGUGUUAUCUGAACUAGAUGAUGAAAAUAGCAAUAGCGUUGGUUCUGAUAUUCUCAUUUCCGAUUCUCAAGAGCGAAUGAUCAUUGUAGGCAACCAACUUCCACUCCGUGCACAUCGAAGAUCAGAUAGUGAUGGAGGAGGAUGGAAUUUCAGUUGGGAUGAGGACUCCCUACUUUUACAACUCAAAGAUGGUCUUGGAGAAGAUGUAGAAGUUAUCUAUGUUGGUUCACUUAAGGAAGAAAUUGAUCUGAAUGAACAAGAUGAGGUGGCACAAACCUUGCUUGAAACUUUCAAAUGUGUCCCGGCUUUUAUCCCUCCUGAACUCUUUAGUAAAUUCUAUCAUGGGUUUUGUAAGCAGCAUUUGUGGCCUUUAUUCCACUAUAUGCUUCCUCUAUCACCGGAACUUGGUGGGAGGUUUGACCGGUCACUUUGGCAAGCUUAUGUCUCUGUGAACAAGAUAUUUGCCGAUAAGGUUAUGGAGGUGAUCAGCCCUGAUGAUGAUUUUGUAUGGGUUCAUGACUACCAUUUGAUGGUUUUGCCAACAUUUUUGAGGAAAAGGUUUAAUGGGGUGAAGCUUGGGUUCUUUCUCCAUAGUCCGUUCCCAUCAUCUGAAAUAUACCGUACACUACCUGUCAGAGUUGAACUUCUCCGUGCACUCCUCAACUCUGAUCUUAUAGGCUUCCAUACUUUCGACUACGCACGACACUUCCUUUCUUGUUGCAGUAGAAUGCUUGGCGUUUCUUCUCAAUCCAAGAGAGGUUACAUUGGGCUUGAAUACUAUGGUCGAACUGUAAGCAUUAAGAUUCUCCCCGUUGGGAUUCACAUGGGUCAGCUUCAAUCUGUGCUGGAUCUUCCUGAGACUGAAUCAAAAGUUGCGGAGUUGCGUGAUAAGUUUAGGGGUCAGACAGUUUUGCUUGGGGUUGAUGACAUGGACAUCUUUAAAGGGAUAAGCUUAAAACUAUUAGCUUUUGAACAGUUGCUAAUUCAGCAUCCUGAUAAGAGGGGUAAAGUUGUUUUGAUUCAAAUCGCAAACCCUGCAAGGGGGCGAGGGAGAGAUGUCCAGGAGGUCCAAUCUGAAACUUAUGCAACAGUAAGCAGGAUUAAUAGAGAUUUCAGGCGGCCAGGAUAUGAUCCAGUGGUUUUGAUUGAUACCACACUUCAAUUCUACGAGCGGAUUGCUUAUUAUGCAAUUGCAGAGUGCUGCCUUGUGACCGCUGUGAGAGAUGGGAUGAAUCUUAUACCCUACGAAUAUGUCAUAUGCCGACAAGGAAAUGAGAAGAUAGACGAUACAUUGGGUGUAAACCCAUCAGCACAGAAGAAAAGCAUGCUGGUGGUUUCAGAGUUUAUUGGGUGCUCUCCUUCUCUCAGUGGUGCAAUCCGUGUUAACCCAUGGAACAUUGAUUCUGUGGCUGAUGCUAUGGAUUCUGCCUUAAUUGUCUCCGAGGCAGAGAAGCAGUUGCGGCAUGAGAAACACUAUAGGUAUGUGAGUACACACGAUGUUGCAUAUUGGGCACAUAGCUUUUUGCAAGAUCUUGAAAGGGCGUGCAGAGAUCAUAUCAGGAGGAGAUGCUGGGGUAUUGGUUUUGGAUUAAGUUUCCGUGUUAUUGCUUUGGAUCCAAGCUUUAGGAAGCUUUCAGUUGAGCAUAUUGUUUCAGCAUAUAAAAGGACCAAGAACCGAGCAAUCCUAUUGGAUUAUGAUGGUACGAUGAUGGUGCAAAGUUCAAUCAGCACCACUCCUAAGGCAGAGGCUAUUGCAAUUUUAAAAAGCUUAUGCAGAGACCCCAAGAAUGUGGUCUUCCUUGCUAGCGGGAAGAACAAAGAAUCUUUAUCUGAAUGGUUUUCAUCAUGUGAAAGGCUUGGAAUUGCAGCAGAGCAUGGUUAUUUUGUGAGGCCCAAUCAUGAUGCAGACUGGGAAACUUGUGUUGCUGUCCCAGAUUUUUAUUGGAAACAGAUUGCAGAGCCAGUAAUGCAAUUAUACAUGGAAACAACAGAUGGUUCUACCAUAGAGGCCAAAGAGAGUGCACUUGUUUGGAAUUACCAGUAUGCAGAUCCUGAUUUUGGCUCUUGUCAGGCUAAGGAGCUUCUAGACCACCUCGAAAGUGUUCUUGCCAAUGAACCAGUUUCUGUUAAGAGCGGCCAACACAUUGUAGAAGUUAAACCUCAGGGUGUCAACAAGGGUCUUGUAGCAGAACGCCUCCUAGUCACAAUGCGAGAGAAGGGCAUGCUUCCAGAUUUUGUACUUUGUAUUGGUGACGAUAGGUCAGACGAGGACAUGUUUGAGGUGAUAAGGAGUGCCAUGGUGGGACCCUCGCUCUCACCAGUUGCUGAAGUGUUUGCGUGCACUGUUGGCCAGAAACCAAGCAAGGCCAAGUACUACUUGGAUGAUACAACUGAGAUAUUGAGAAUGUUGCAGGGCCUCGCUGCUGCUUCUGAGCAGUCAUCUAGAAGCAUUUCUUCCCAAGCUUCGCAACGAGUAAUCAUUGACAGAGAAUAAAUGGAGAUCUCUGUGGUUUGGUUUGGUUUGGUUUGGUUUGAUUUGAUAUAUUGGGUUGCCAUUGCAAAAAGAUCCCAUCUUGUAUUUUCUGGUGGGUGGAUGGGGGGUUGAAUUUGAUGAUUUGAAGUUUAUUUUAUUUUGUUUUUCUGUGAUUAUGUAGGUUCUUGAAGUUUGAUCUGGCUGUUAUUGGGAAGUGUGUGUAGUGUCUGUUCCUAGUAGAUUUUACUGUUAAGGUUCAAGCUAUUGUAGCAUCAUUUAAAGGCAUUGCUAUUGGUCUGAACUUGCAUGCAAACUCAUACUUGAGAGCCCAAACAAGGCAUUCGUGGUAAUUUGAAGGCUCCAUUUGUACAUGAAAAACA